CUAUUUUCUUUUAACUUGGCAACUACGCAGAAUAGCGAAUAUUUUCAGCCACUUCGCAUGUGCGACUGUGAAAUUGGAAUUUGUUCAGUUCUCAGAACGAAGGAAGUGGUUACGUCUCUUCUGAUUGGACUCUUAAGUUAGGCAGGUGUGUGUUCCUGAGUUUUCACAUAUUUUUCUAUAAUCGGUUUUUCAAUUAACAAGGAGCAAUGGGUGUACCAGCUGGUGAUGUAGAAAAAGGCAAAAAGAUUUUUGUCCUCCGUUGCGCACAGUGUCAUACAGUGGAGGCUGGUGGAAAACACAAAGUGGGGCCUAAUCUACAUGGAUUGUUUGGCAGGAAGACUGGACAGGCUCCUGGUUUUGCCUACACAGAUGCAAACAAAUCGAAAGGUAUCACAUGGAAUGAAGACACCUUGUUUGAAUACCUCGAGAACCCCAAAAAAUAUAUUCCCGGUACAAAAAUGUUAUUUGCUGGACUGAAGAAAGCCAACGAGAGAGCUGAUCUCAUUGCUUACUUGAAAGAUUCUACGAAGUAGGCUUUUUUCAGUUGAUGAUAGUCUGUGUGUUAAUUGAAUUACCAAGUUAUUUAUUACACAAAUUAUGUAGGACUGUUACUGUUGAGAAGGAUAUCAUAAAAUGGUUGGUUAAUUCAUUCAAAUGCAACAGACCUUUUUGUAGUAUUUUCAUCUAGUACAUUGUUACUAUGUCAUGACAGAUGAGGUACUUGUACAAACUAGACAAUUUUCCAUAAUUUAAAGUUGUGUUACAUCAUAACAUUGUACAGUAUGAAAUUAACAUAUUUUUAUGUUGUGUCCUGUCCAAUCUUGAAAUAAAAAAUUAUUUAU